GUUGCAAGAUUUACAAAAUAUAACGCGUCUCGACUUCAGCGAUUGUAAAUAGUCCCGAUUUAUUGGAAAAUUGCGGGUUUUUUGGACCCGCUAUGAAUAUUUUUGUAUCAACGUAGCUUUCGGAAUCUUUUCCUCGUUGCAUAGAGCAGCUUUAGACUUUUCAAGGCUCUCGUUUGGUUGAAAAUCAACGAUGCCUGCAUUCCUGAAGUACAUCGCCGUGGACAACUUCAAGUCCUACAGGGGCUCCCAGAAAAUCGGUCCUUUGAAGCCGUUCACGGCUGUCAUCGGCCCCAAUGGCUCCGGCAAGUCUAACUUCAUGGAUGCCAUCAGUUUCGUUAUGGGAGAAAAAACAUCGAGUCUGCGAGUGAAAAGGCUGAGCGAGUUAAUCCACGGCGCCUCCGUUGGCAAACCGGUCUCUCGAUCGGCCUCCGUGACCGCAAUAUUCGAGCUGGAGGAUGGCACAGAGAAGAGUUUCACCAGGGUCGUCCUUGGCUCCUCGUCUGAGCACCGCAUCAACGAAGAAACUGUCAGCAGCCAGCAGUAUCUGUCAGAGCUGGAGAGGCUGGGAAUCAACACAAAGGCCAAGAAUUUCCUCGUCUUCCAGGGUGCGGUCGAAUCAAUUGCUAUGAAGAAUCCAAAAGAGAGAACUGCCCUGUUUGAGGAAAUCAGCGGAUCUGGUACCCUGAAGGAAGAGUACGACCGGCUGAAGGUGGAGGUAUCCCAGGCGGAGGCGGACACGCAACACACGUACAACAAGAAGCGCAACAUUGCCCUGGAGAGGAAGGAGGCGAAGAUGGAAAAAGAGGAGGCGGAGAAGUACCAACGGCUGAAGGACGAGCUUGCCGACAAGCAGGUCGAGUUGGCGCUUUUCCGACUCUACCACAACGAGAAGGACAUCGAGCUGAUCACCGACGAGCUGCAGACACAGCAGCAGGUCGUGCAGCGCAUAGAGCAGUCCAAGGAGGGCAAAGAGGAGGAGCUGAAGGAGAAGAAGAAGGAGCAGGGCAAGAUUGGCCGAGAGAUGGCCAAGACUGAGCAGGAGAUCAGAGAAAUUGAAACGGAGAUUAACAAGAAGCGGCCGACGUUCAUCAAGGCCAAGGAGAAAGUGGCCCAUCAUCAGAAGAAACUGGAGACGGCCAAGAAGUCAAUGGCUCAGGCCAAGAAGGCGUAUGACGCCCACAUGGAAGACAUUGCCGAGCUGGAACGCGAACUGGCCGAAGUUGAAAAGAAGAGAAUGGAUUAUGAGGAAACCAUUGCUGGAGAAUCACAGCAACAAGGUAAAGAACUUAACCUGGAGGAUGAGCAGAUGAACCAGUACCACCGUCUGAAGGAGGAGGCCGGCCGUCAGUCAGCACUCCACCUGCAGGAGCUAGACUCAGUUAACCGCGAGCAGAAAUCAGACCAGGACCGCCUGGACAACGAGUACCGCCGCAAAACCGAGAUCGAGAACCGGCUGAAGCAGAAAGGUCACGAAAAAGACGAGGCCGAGAAGCGAAUCGAGAAGUUAGGCGAGCACAUUCGCUCAAGCGAGUCUGCUUUGGAAGAGCAGCGGCGGCUGAGGCGCGAGUUGGAGAGCGACGUCGGCUCCAGCAAGGACAAGGUGACCAAUUUGCAGAGGGAUUUGGAAAAUGUGGCUGAGCAGCUUGGCGACGCUCGCGUGGACAAACACGAAGAAGCCAGACGCAAGAAGAAGCAGGAGAUAGUCGAGAACUUCAAACGGCUCUACCCUGGAGUGUUUGAUCGGAUGAUCAACAUGUGCCAGCCGAUCCACAAGCGGUACAACAUGUGCGUGACAAAGGUGCUGGGCAAGUUCAUGGAGGCGAUCGUGGUGGACACAGAGAACACGGCCAGGCAGUGCAUCCAGUACCUGAAGGAGCAGAUGCUUGAGCCGGAAACCUUCCUGCCGCUUGAUUAUAUCCAGGCCAAGAGCUUGAAAGAGAGGCUCAGGAACAUCCGAGAGCCAAAAAACGUCAAGUUGCUUUAUGACGUGCUGCAAUACGACCCUCCAGACAUCAAAAGAGCCGUUCUUUUCGCUACAAACAAUGCUUUGGUGUGUGAAUCACCUGAAGAUGCCAUGAAGGUGGCAUAUGAAAUGCAGGACGGACAGCGUUACGACGCCGUUGCGUUGGAUGGCACGUACUACCAGAAGUCUGGUAUAAUCAGCGGCGGCUCUCUUGAUUUGGCGCGCAAGGCGAAGCGCUGGGACGAAAAACACUUGUCCAACCUCAAGUCGCAGAAAGAGCGGCUUACCGAGGAGCUGCGCGAGGCCAUGAAGAAGUCGCGUAAAGAGAGUGAGUUGAACACAGUCGAGUCGCAGAUCAAGGGGCUGGAGACGAGGCUCAAGUACUCUAAGAAUGAUCUUGAAAACACCAGCCGCCAGAUCCAGGUCGUCCAACAGGAGAUUAAGCAGCUCAAGCAGAAUCUCAAUGAUUUUGAGCCCAACAUCACGAUCAUCGAGGACAGAAUGCGCAAGAGGGACGCGGAGAUCGAGAAAAUCAAGGAGAAUAUGAACAAUGUCGAGGACAUAGUGUUCAGGGAGUUCUGCGUGCAGAUCGGCGUGAAGAACAUCCGCCAGUAUGAAGAGCGAGAGCUCAGAACGCAGCAAGAGCGUGCCAAGAAACGCCUCGAGUUCGAAAACCAGAAGAACCGAAUCCAGAAUCAGCUUGCCUUUGAAAAAACUAGGGAGACUGAAAACAACAUGAGGCGGUGGGAGAGAGCCGUGCAGGACGACGAGGACGCGUUGGAGAAGGCGCGGCGGGCGGAGAGUCUGCAGCUGGCGGAAAUAGACAAGGACAUGAAGGACAUGGACAAGCUGAAGAACGAGCGGCUGAACAAGAAGGUUGACUACGACCGACUCGAGGAGGACAUUGGCAAGAUGCGGCGGGAGGUCGGCGCAGUCGCCAAGGAAAUUCUGGCCGCGCAGAAGCAGGCGUCCAUUCUUGAGUCAAAGAUUGAGCAGAAAAAGGGCGAAAGACACAGCAUCCUCACCCAGUGCAAGAUGGAAGAUAUUCUCAUACCAAUGCUGAGAGGCAACAUGGAGGACAUAGGAGGUCCUGAAGCUUCCGGCUCCCAGGAUGAUGCUCAUGAGGCUGCCUCAAGCUCUCAGCAGGCCUACGAAAAGGAAAACAGAAUAAAGAUCGACUACGACGCCCUUCGGUCUCAGUACAAAGACCUGGACGACCCUGACGACAAGAAGAAAAUCGAGAACAGUCUGGGCAAGAAGCUGAACGAGUGCAUCGCCAACAUUCAGAAGAUCAACGCGCCCAACCUCAAAGCGAUGCAAAAGCUAGACAUGGCCAGGGAGAAGCUGCAAGAGACGGACAAGGAGUUUGAAAACGUGCGCAAGAAGGCGCGCAAGACGAAGCAGGCGUUCGAGCGAGUCAAGGCCGAGCGCUACAAACGCUUCAUGGACUGCUUCCAGCUCGUCUCAGACAGAAUCGACGGCAUUUACAAAAGUCUCGCGCAGAACCAGUCCGCGCAGGCCUUUUUGGGUCCGGAGAACCCGGAAGAGCCAUACUUGGAUGGAAUCAACUACAAUUGCGUCGCCCCAGGAAAGCGGUUCCAGCCCAUGUCCAACUUGAGUGGAGGAGAGAAGACCGUUGCUGCCCUUGCCCUGCUUUUCGCCAUUCACAGCUACCAACCAGCGCCGUUCUUCGUGCUUGAUGAGAUCGACGCCGCCCUGGACAACACCAACAUUUCCAAAGUGGCCUCGUACAUCGUGGAAAAGACCAACUCACUCCAAACCAUCGUCAUCUCCCUGAAAGAGGAAUUCUACUCUCACGCCAACGCAUUGAUUGGAAUCUGCCCCAACAUUGACCAAGGAGUGCUGGUGAGUCAGGUGCUAACCCUGGACCUGACGGAGUACUACGAGCACAAGGAGAUGUGAAUUCGUCAUUUUUAUUUGCUAUUCUCAAAUUUUACCUUUUCAAAUACCUGGUGUAAAUAUUUAUUACAUUCUCGUGUAUGUGAUUAGUGUAGUACAGAAAUAAAAACAGCGAUUGUU